AUGGGGGCCUCGCAGACCGUCAUGACGCUGGUGGUGAUAGUUCUAUGGUACGUCAGCAAUGUGGGAGUGUUACUUUUGAAUAAGUUCCUGCUCACGAACACGGGCUUCAGGCAGCCCGUGUUCCUCACGCUGUGCCACAUGAUGGCAUGCUGCUCGCUGGCGUACGCGCUUUCACUGGCCAAGUCGUUCCCAAUUCGACCGCUGCGGUCGCGGCGGCAGCUUUGGAAGAUUUGCCUGCUGGCAACCAUCUUCUGCAUCACCAUUGUGCUGGGCAAUUUGAGCCUGAAAUAUAUCCCAGUCAGCUUCAGCCAGGCGGUGGGAGCGGGCACACCUUUCUUCACGGCGGUUUUCGCUUUGCUGCUGCAAGGCUCGCGGGAGACCGGCACAACGUACGCGACGCUUGUGCCCAUUGUGGUGGGCGUCAUCAUCGCCAGCGGCGGCGAGCCCCACUUCCAUUUCGUGGGCUUCAUGGCGUGCCUGCUGGCGACGGCGCUGCGCGCGCUGAAGAGUGUGGUGCAGGCCAUGCUGCUGUCGGACCCCAAUGAGAAGCUGGAUCCCAUGAGCCUGCUGUUCUACAUGAGCAGCUUCAGCGUGCUGCUGCUGCUGCCUGCGACGGCGCUGCUGGAGCCGACGGCGUUCGGCAAGACGCGCGCGCUCGUCGCGGCCAACGGCAGCUUCUUCUGGUGGCUGCUGGUCAACAGCUGCAUGGCUUACGCGGUCAACCUGACCAACUUCAUGGUCACGAAAUACACCAGCGCGCUGACGCUGCAGGUGCUCGGCAACAUGAAGGGAGUCAUCGCGGCGGGGGUGUCGGUCGCGAUUUUCAAGAACACGGUCACCCUCAAGGGCAUGGCCGGCUACGCCAUCACGGUCGCGGGCGUCUUCAUGUACUCGGCCUCGAAGCGGCGGCAGCAGGUGCUUAAGGCCGUCGACUCGGCGAAGAGCAUGCAGGACGACGCGGCCGCGGCGACGGAGCCCCUCAUCAAGGCCGGCCACAUGGGGCCCGGCGGCGGCGCCGGCGGCGUGGCGAUCACGCUCGUCGCGGACGCGAGCGGCGGCGGGGCCGGCGGCGGCGGCGGCGGCGCGCACCACCACGUCAGCGGGGGCGGCCUGCUGCCGACGAGCACGCAGAUGCUGCAGGGGCACCGCAGCGGGCGCAGCAGCGCCGGCGCGAGCGUCGGGGGCGGCCUCAUCGUGACGGUCUUGGGGCACCCGCAGUGA